AUGGAGCAGGACCGGGGGCGUGCGGGGCGCCUGAGCCGCGCGACGAAGGAUGUGCUCUUUGGGUCGGUCGCAGGGAUGAUGAGCAAGGUGCUCGAGCACCCGUUUGAUCUGAUCAAGGUGCGUCUGCAGACGCAGCCGAUGCAUCCCAAGCCGCACUACGCCGGAGCGUAUGACUGCUUUCGGCAGACGCUGCAGCACGAAGGCGUCCGGGGCCUCUUUCGCGGCGUCUCGAUGCCGCUCGUGGGCGCGACGAUGGAGAAUGCUGCGCUCUUUCUCACCUAUAACCAGAUCCAAGAGGGGCUCCGCAAGGCGCUCGGCGCGCCGCGCGAUCAGCCGGCGCCGCUCUCGCAGCUGGCGAUCGCCGCGGCGGGCGCAGGCGCCGUCGCAGGCUUUGUCCUGACGCCAGUCGAGCUGAUCAAGUGCAAAAUGCAGGUGCAGAUGAUGGCCGCGCGCCACGCAUCGCACGCCGAUGCGCCGAUAUCGGCGCCAUCGCUCAUUGCACGGACCGUGCGCGAGAGCGGCCUCCGUGGCCUCUGGCUCGGCUUCUCCGGCACGCUCCUGCGCGAGACGGGCGGCGGCGUGGCAUGGUUCCUUGCGUUUGAGCUGUCUACACGCGAGCUACUGCGCCUGCACACGACGCGCCUGCACACGCAGGCGACCAAGGCGGAUCUGAGCAGCCUCGAGCUGGCGCUGUGCGGCGCGCUCGCGGGGAUCUGCUACAACGUGAGCCUGUUCCCCGCCGACUGUGUCAAGUCGACGAUGCAGACGGAGCGCGAGCUGCGCGCACAGACCCACGCGCACCUUCCUCCUACGGGCUUCUUUGCGACGCUCGCCAAAAUCUACGAGACGCGCGGCCUGCGUGGUUUCGCACCGAGUAGUGCAUUGGUCUUCCUUGUGUACAACAAACUCGAGCAAGCGGCCGAGCGCUACGGCCUGUAG